AUGAGCGAUGAAUUGUCGAAGGAGGAACUUCUCCGGAUUAAUUUAGAGCUUGUGAAGCAAAACAACCGAUUAAGCCAUGAAAACAAGAUUCAAAAACAAACAAUUGAAGAGUACAAGAAAAGUAACCGAGAUCUUGUGGUUUCCAGCCAGCAAAUCAUCCGACAAGGCAGAGCAGCUCAGUCGAAAAGCCAAAUGGCGCAAGAAAUGCUGAGGCACGAGGAGAAAAAAUCUGAAAAGUUCGCUACGGAAAAUAAAAAGCUGAUCCACGAUAUGGCAAAGCAACAUAAAACACAGUCUGGGCGAAUCAUCGAUCUGGAGCAAAUGCUGAAUCUUCACCUUGUUGACUCAAUGACAUAUUUGAUGGAGCCAGACGAAAAGUCAAAGAAAAUAACGGCGCUGAUGAAGGAGCUGGCCGAGAAGGAGAAUCAGCUGGAACUGGAAAAGCAAAAGUCGGAGAAGGAAGUCAAAGAAAAAGAAGAGUUAAAACGAAGACUUGAUGCGGUGAAAUCGGCGAUUGGGAUGGACAAUGGAAGCGACGCGAGUUCAUCUUGCUUCGAAUCCGAAUUUUCUCUUCCAUAA